GAAAAACGCGUUCUUUCUCUACCCCGCUAACUAACAAGCUCUUCGUCCUCCAUUGUCCUGAUUCACACACGCGUCUCCAUCCUCCUUAUUCCCGCCAUGUCGUUAUUUGCAAGCGCAUCCACUCCAGUUUCAACAGCCUCAACAACAUCUAAUCUCUUUGGCUCAACAACGCCUACUACAUCAGCCCCAAAUCUUUUCGGGCCCACAGCACCAACAACCUCAUCCUCAAACCUUUUCGGAACGACUCCUGCUUCCUCAGCCCCGAACUCUUUCGGAACUUCGACUCCUGCAAUAUCAACUACUGGUCUCUUUGGCUCAACAACGCCUGUUACAUCGACUCCAAGCCUAUUUGGCUCUCUCGGCGCUACAUCCACAUCCGCAGCUGCUACAUCCGCUACAUCCGCACCAGCUUCCACGUCACUUUUCUCUUCCUUGUCCACACCAGCGUCCACUUCUGCAACUACGACCCCAAGCUUGUUUGUCUCUGGACCAUCGACCAUCUCAGGCACCUUAUUUGGCAAUCCAAACUCCACAGCCGCCUCAAAUGCUUUAAGCAAUGCUGCGAAUAAAAAUACUCUAUCAGCAUCCGCAUUGACCGGAGGGACGACAACAGUUGUACUCACACCAGACACCAUUGCAGGGUCAACGAAAUACACGGAACUCCCAUCAGACGCUAAGAACACGCUUGAUCAGCUGCACUCCUUUUUACAGGGCCAAAUCCAUUUAUCAGCCACACUCACAGCGAGAUCGUCAGAUUCACUAGACAAGAUUUCAAAGGAUACCGAGGAGUUAUCCAAGCGCUUGGUAACAUUGAAUGAUGCACUAAAACGUGACACCAUGGUAAUCCAGGCCUUGCAAGAUAAAAUCGAUAAAGAGCUCAAGCAAGCCGAUUCUGCAGGCAGGAUCAUUGAAGCCUAUGCCAACACCUCCCACGCCAAUUUUCUUUACGCAGGAAAUAAUUCCGCAGGACAAUAUUUCAUGGAUCAAUGCCAAUCAUUUGAAGAUCAACUUCGUACUUUCCGAAGCACAAUCGAGGAUAUCGAGCGUCAUCUUGUUUCCUUUAACGUUAAGCAUCCGCAUGUCUCUCAUGCUCUGCCUGAAGUUCUGAGAAAUCAACAUGAAGGAUUUCUCGCUGUAGCAGGAAAGGUGGCCUUACUACACGAAGAGGUUAAGGACAAAGAAAAAGCCUAUUUAAUGUUCCGGCGAAAGUUCUUUGACGAUGAUUCAGACCCUUUUGAAGCCAACAGCAAACAUCGCAAGACAGAGGCCAUCAGCCAUGGACAACCACUUAAGAGCAGUGGUCGAUCUCUUGAAGGGCAGAGAUCAUUCAGAGAGAUCGCUAAAGAAACCCUCAGACCUGGCAACGCCAGUGCUCCUGGGGAGUUUGGUCAAAAAUCCCUGACAAGGACUCUACGUUAGAGUCCGGAUGAGGAAUCAUUGACUGCAUCUUCAUAUAGGGAAAAUAAAGCAUACUGUUG